GCCUACUAAAGUCGACACUAAUGGGCGGGCGCUUCGAGGACGACACAAAUAGAAGACCGCGCAGCUGUUGGUCGGAGCUGUCGUCGGCUUAUAUGACAGCCUUGCGACCCUAUAUAUGCCUUUGAUCUCUCCUGAUGAUUCUCCAAGAGUACUAACUGUUCGUCUUACUACUUCUCUACAGCGUCUCCACAUCCUGGGACAUCUUGGGCUGUCAGACAUCUUGGACGCCCGAUAGACCAUCAUCGUACACUAACACAAUGCCUCCACAGCAGGGCGAAGUGUCCCUCUUGACGCUCUUUGCAGACGUCCAUUACUACAUCUCCCCACCUACCCAGCAACCCCCACAUCAUCGCUUCGACAAAGGCUCCUAUGUCUACCUUUACCACAAUCCCAUGCGCCAGAGUGGGCGCAUAGAAGUAGCGAACCAUGCGGGCACACCCAACCAGGAUGCCUUUGCCGGUCAGCUGGACACCAUCAAGAUUGAGCAAACAUACAAGCACCCGUGCUUGUUCACCCUCACGGUCGAUGCCUUUCAGAGUCACACCGGCAACGCGAGUCCGCAUCAUGACACGUCACAGUGGCACCUUCCCACACCCGAUCCCUCGAACCAGGGCAAAUACAUGUACAGGCUGCACACGGUAGAUUUGUAUUUUUGGACACCAGAGGAUGCGAGCCUCUUUCUUGACUCUAUUCGGAGAGUGCUACAACCGCACCAACUGCAGAUUACGCGCAACCCCAAUGCCACCCCAACGCACUCGGAACACAAGAACGAUGCCCUGAGUCCUGUCAUCGCGAGGCUGGAGAGUGCAGCCAUAUCACACACUAGUCGGACUCCGAGUGUCAGUACAACGCAGUCAUUCCCUGGCCCUCCUACCGCACCCGCACCAACAUCACCCCCUCCCAGCGAGCAGCCGCCCAACUACGCUCCAAUGGCAUACAACCCGGCAGCUCCAGCCGCGCCAGAGCCUAUCGCGCAUCGUGAAAAGACACCACCACCGCCAGACGCAAACGACGGCACUGGUCUUGGGUCUGCUGCUGUACACGAUCAGCAUGCCGCACAAUACAGCAACCCACUACAAGCUUCAUUUGCGCCCCAGCCGACAUCAGGAUCGUACUUUCCAGGACCACCAGCGCCAGGCCAGGGCUUUACUGGUCCACCGAGUGUGCACCGUACAAACACGGCGGGGUCAGUGCCGAGUGCACCACAAAGUCCGCCGUCGUUUGCACCACCCCCAUCUGCGCCUCCACCAGGCCAAUACAAUGGCCAUACCCCACCACCUCCCGCCAUGAAGCGAACAUCCACCAUGCCAGUUCAGCAGUACGCCAACUACCCGAACUCGCCCGGAUUUCCGCCUGCCCCCCAAUCGCCGCCUGCGCAUUCUGCUGUACCGUCUCCUGGAUUUCCUCCUCAGCAAUAUCAACCAAUGGCAUCCCCGGGCUAUGCACAAUAUCAGUAUGGUAGCACAACAGCUCAGCCUCAAGGACAAAAUUUGCAUCAACAACUUUACAGACCAACGGAGACUGAAGCCGCGGUGCAAGAUCACGAGAAUCCCAACGCGCCGCAACGCAACUCGAACAUCGGAAAACGGGUAGAUAAAGUGGAGAAGGGUAUUGGCAGUUUCUUGAAAAAGCUGGAUAAGAAGUUCUAGUAUAGUGUCAGUGCGCCAGUUCUUGUAUCUAACUUGAGUUUUGCCAGCCAGCGUAGUCAUUGACGACUUUGGAGAUCGAAGCAUAUACCCUUUUGAAUAAUUUACGGCCACUAUUACGACCAGCGUCGUCUGUGCCACUCUUGUAGAUCAAGCAUGUGAAUGCGAUCAUUAUGCAGUACGAGCUCCAAUCAGUGCCCGGCGCUAGCGUAUCCUUGAAUCUGGGAGAGACCCUAAAAUAGUAGCAGGUUUCUGGAGAUGACAUGAGCUCUUGCUUUUGCCUCAACCGCUGUGAGGAGCCUAGCGGCCAUGGUACAAAACCGUUGGGAGAUCGCUAGAGGCUCAA